AUGCAGCCUUCGACUAGUGCAGUUCAAAAUCUAGCCUCAAACAUUUUGGACGAAAAGGAUUUGGAGGAGGAAGAUGCCAAAUUUCUUCUAAAAGCUUUAGAAAAACAAGCUUUUGAACAUGUCCUCUAUGCUUUUCGUGCGCAAGGGCCGCUUACAAAAUACAAGGAACUUAUUCUUGAACACUUAAAAUCGGCACUUUUCAUUACUGACCAAGAAUUUUCUUUGAAUCUGAGAAUUGCGGCGAAUAAUCCAUACUUAAAUGAAAUUGUUCAAAAAUUAAAUCCUUCUUACGACAAUUUUUCUGAAUGGUUAGCUGCUGGUCUAGACUUAACUGGAACUGAAUUGGCCAAUUCUAGAAGGCAACAAUUAAAUAAUAAUUCAUCUUUGAGUGAUAAUUCAACCCAAAUUCUUCGUGAAAUUCGUCGGCACAAUCGGAAUCUUUCUCAGGAAUGUUGUGGUGCUCGUGAAGCAAUUGCUGAACUCUAUCAACUUCCAAAACGGCCUUUUAGUUUGUUUUUAUUUUUUUUUAUUAUAUUUUUAAAAAUAUUUGGGAGCAAUAUACCUAAUAGAUUUUUAACAGACAUGUCUUUUUGGUCUGCCAUUUUGGUGUAGUGGGAUAAAUUUAUAAAAAAAACUGAGGUGGAGGGUUCGAAUACCGCCGAAGGACAAUUAUUUCUAGGUGAUUACUACUUUGGUGUAGUGGGAAAAAUUUACAAAAAAUUUCCUUCUUAUGUCGACGGUUCGAAUCCCAUUGGGGGACUACAAUUUUUAUUUAUUC